AUGAGUUCUAACAGUUCGUCCAGUGGGAGGUCUCAGAUGCCGUUACGACAGAAGGAUUUCGAUCAGAUAUGGGGCGACCUACAGGAGGGAAUCGAACAGGUAUACAAGAGACAGCACAUGGUGAAAACGAGAUACAUGGACCUGUAUACUCACGUAUACAAUUACUGCACAUCGGUGCAUCAUCAGAGCGCAGGCAGCAGUUCAACACGUGUCAAUACCAAUCCAGUGUUAGCUAGGGGUAGCUAUGGAACCGGCAAGAAACAGAGUGGGCAAGUGCAAGGUGGUGGAGCGCAGUUAGUUGGUCUCGAGUUGUACAAGAGAUUAAAAGAGUUCCUCAGGAUUUACCUCAUCAACUUGCUACAGAAUGGCGCUGAAUUAAUGGGUGAAGAUGUACUUGCGUUCUACACGAAACAGUGGGAGGAGUACCAGUUCUCGUCGAGAGUCCUCAAUGGUGUGUGUGCCUACCUUAACAGGCAUUGGGUGAAGCGUGAAUGUGAGGAGGGGAGAAAGGGCAUAUACGAGAUCUACCAACUGGCUCUGGUGACGUGGCGUGACAAUCUCUUCCAGAGGUUAAAUAAGCAAGUCACCAACGCCGUAUUGAAGCUCAUCGAGAGAGAACGAAACGGAGAGACUAUCAACACUAGGCUUGUCUCAGGGGUAAUCAACUGCUAUGUAGCCCUCGGCCUGAACGAGGACGACACGAGCGCCCGCGGCCAGAAUCUCGUGGUGUACAAAGACACCUUCGAGGCUGUGUUCCUUGAGGAUACGGAGCGGUUCUACACCAGGGAGAGCACGGACUUCCUCAGGAACAAUCCUGUCACUGAGUACAUGAUUAAGGCAGAGCAACGUCUUCAAGAAGAACAGCGUCGCGUCCAGGUGUACUUGCACGAGACCACGAUGGAACGACUGGCGAAGACCUGUGACAGGGUUCUUAUUGAGAAGCAUCUCGAGAUCUUCCAUGCUGAAUUCCAGAAACUGUUGGACGGCGACAAGAACAGCGACCUGGGCCGCAUGUACGCGCUGGUGAUGCGCAUCCCCGACGGGCUGUGCGAGCUGCGCCGCCUGCUCGAGCACCACAUCCACGCGCAGGGGCUGCAGGCCAUCGACAAGUGCGGGGAGUGCGCCCACACCGAUCCUAAAGUAUACGUGUCCACGAUAUUAGAGGUACACAAGAAAUAUAAUGCAUUGGUUCUCGUCGCUUUUAACAACGAGUCUGGAUUUGUCGCGUCGUUGGACAAGGCUUGCGGCAGAUUUAUCAACAGUAACGCAGUCACAAAAGCAGCUAAUUCAUCGUCCAAGUCUCCGGAGCUGCUUGCCAAGUACUGCGACCUGCUGUUGAAGAAGUCCAGCAAGAACCCUGAGGAGGCAGAGCUCGAAGAUACUCUAAAUCAAGUGAUGGUUGUAUUUAAAUACAUAGAGGACAAGGACGUGUUUCAGAAGUUUUACAGCAAAAUGCUCGCGAAACGACUGGUGCAACACAUGUCCGCUAGUGACGAUGCUGAGGCAUCGAUGAUCUCAAAAUUGAAGCAGGCGUGCGGAUUCGAAUACACAAGCAAACUACAAAGAAUGUUCCAGGACAUAGGAGUAUCAAAGGACCUGAACGAAAACUUCCGCAAGCACAUGGCGAACAGUUCUGAACAGCCCCUACACAUUGACUUCAGCAUCCAAGUGCUGUCUUCCGGCUCCUGGCCCUUCCAACAGUCGUCAUCCUUCCAACUGCCUACUGAAUUGGAGCGAUCAGUACAUAGGUUUACAACGUUCUACUCGUCCCAACACUCCGGUCGCAAACUGAACUGGCUGUACAACAUGAGCAAAGGGGAACUCGUCACCAAUUGCUUUAAAAAUAGAUACACGCUACAAGCCAGUACGUUCCAAAUGGCUGUUCUAUUACAGUAUAACGACAACACGUCGUGGACCGUCCGCCAGUUGGAACAACACACGGGAAUCAAAGGAGAUUUUCUCAUACAGGUGCUGCAAAUCUUGCUGAAAGCUAAACUGCUAGUCUGUCAAGAUGACGAAUCGGAACUGACUGAAUCUUCCGUGGUUGAGCUUUUUACAGGCUAUAAGAACAAAAAAUUACGCGUGAACAUAAACAUCCCCCUGAAGACUGAGCUGAAGGUAGAACAGGAGGCGACUCACAAACACAUCGAGGAGGAUAGGAAGAUGCUCAUUCAGGCCGCGAUAGUGCGGAUAAUGAAGACACGCAAAACAUUGAAACAUCAACACUUGGUCGUGGAAGUACUCAACCAGUUAUCAUCACGCUUCAAACCCCGCGUACCCGUUAUCAAGAAAUGCAUCGACAUAUUGAUCGAGAAGGAAUACUUGGAGCGCACGGAGGGCGAGAAGGACACCUACAGCUAUCUGGCGUGA